UCCCAUCAUCCAAUUUCUACUCCCUCUCACGAAUUUCCCAACCGCCCUUUUAAGACGACGGCACAAACGAAACGAAUUUCAGAUACUCCUACUAUAAAAGUCCAAAGUACGUUCUAAAACCCUCCAAAUACUCUUUCCAUAUACUCCCCCCCCCCCCCCCCCCCCCCCCCUCUCUCUCUCUCUCUGUGUAUAUGCGACUAUGGCGAGGGGUGUGGGCCCGGUAUUCACGAGGAGCGAGAUGGGUUAUUCGUUCAAUUACCAGUACCUGAACACGACGGACACGGAGAGGAGGCAACCGAGGGGCGAGACGGGUAAUUACCCGUUCAACCACCAGUACCCGACCACGGACAUGGAGAAGAGGCAACUCUUUCUGAGGAGUUACCAGUUUAGCCGGAAGAAGAAGAGCGUCGGGGAGAGGAUUAGAGGGUCUUUCUUCCGGGUCAAGAGGGUUAUCUGGGUCAGGCUCCGGUACGCUAGAAGGAUCCGGAGGAUGGUCUGGUCCAGGAUCAAGCUUGCACUCCUCUGCUGUGCCAGGAAAAGGAGGUUUCUUCGCCUCCAUAGCCAAAACAACAAAAACGACAGCAGAAGUUGGUCGUCAUCUUGCUUCUGGUAGAUUAAUGGUUGGUUUUUUUAAUUUUCUUAUGGUGAUUUGGAAGUUUAAUUUGAAGGGCGGCUCGGAUGCAACGGUAAGGUUGCUCGACGCGACCCCUAGUGGUCACGUUGCGAAAAUAGCCCCUUUCUGCUUGUGGGAUAAGGCUGCGGACAUCUAUUCCUUCCCCGAUCUUGCAUUUGCGAGAGUCGGGUAGUUAUUUUUUCGUUUUUUGUUUUGGUAGUUAAAUUUAGUAUAGCAGGGUACAGAGUAUGGGUUGAUGGAUUACAUCCGAAAUAUUAGAAAAAAAUUGUUAGCUAACAUGUUUCUUACAGCUAUAAAAGAAGAUUUGGAAAUCUAUCUGAGUUUCAUAUGAUUAAGUGAUAAAAUGAAUAUCUUAUUCUGCCUU